AUUUUUGUUUCCUUCCUCUCGUCUUUAUUUUGUUGUUAUUGUGCCGCAACAGGAAUAAUCAGGAAAAGCAUUAUUAUUUUGCAAUAAGUCCCAAUUCUCAAAUAUCCACGGCAAUGUGCCGUCGUUUGCAGCAAAGUUAAACAAACAAAAGAAAAUAGACCCAAAAGAAGAGUGGACUAAAAAAAAGAAAAAAAAACGUGUGCUGAGCCGCGGAGCCAAAAGAGCUCAGUCGAAUCGAAUCGAAAAACAAGAAGAGGAGGAAGACGAACACAAUUGUUCGAUAGCGCUGUUCCCGACUCUGCUCGUUGCUGCUUCUUCUUCUGCUACUGUCUCCGUCGUCGUCAUUGUUGUUGUUGUCGCCGUUGUCGUCGCGCGCGUUCUUUCUACCUUUUUCUCUUCCGGCCUGGGCAGCACUGAAGUCAACUGCAAAUCAAAACAACACAAAAAGAAGGAAUUGCAAUACGAACAACGGCAACAAAAUGACAUCGCAAAAUCGUAUUUCCUUUUUGGACGGCGAUGAAAACGACGAUUUCGAUGAUGAUGAUUCCGGCUCGGAUUUUGAUGAUGAUGAAGAUCCAGAUCAAAUAGAGGUGCCCGGCGGUGGUCGAGAUCUAAAUACUGCAGUUACCUACGCACAAAAUAUUCGCACCAGCGGUAGCAUCAACCCCAACAAGCAGACAAUAGCAACAGCGACAGCAGCACACAGUGGCCCCAGCGGCAGCAGCAGCAGCAGUAACAACAACAACAACUUCAAGUUAAACAAUAAUAACAACAACAACAUCAUCACCAGCAGCAGCAGCAGCAACAACAACAAUAACAAAUUGAACAGCAGCAGCCCCAACAAAGUAAUAGCGCAGCUGCUCCGCAACAAUAGCAACACUAGCAACAUUAACAACAAUAACAGUAAUUAUAACAGUAACAACAUUAUUUCAUUGUUGCGUCCAACAAUUGUGACGCGCACAACAAAAACAACAACAGCAGGCAGCAAAUUCACAGCGUUGCCAACAACAAUAACAACUAAAGUCGCCGUUGACAAAACACUCAACAGCAUCAUGCCAAAGAAAUUAACGUCAGCAGCUGCGAGCAGCAGCAGCGGCUCGGCAAACAACAUGAGGAUCGUUGCAAGUAGCGGCAACCCUGGCAACUCUAAUCACUCUGGCAACCCAAGCACAAGCAGCAGCAGCAGCAGCAACGUUGCCGGCUUAAACUCAGCUAGCGCAUAUUUGAGCAGCGGCGCCGGCAACUAUUUAAACAGCCUCAGCACCAACGAUCUGAUGAGCCUCGCCGCCUAUGUCGCCUCCAAAGGGGCGCCCAACAGCAGCAACAACAACAACAGCAACAACAACUCAAACAACAACUUUGCUGGCGGAGGCGCUUCAAUCUCGGGCGUCUCUGCUUCUGCCAAUUUUAACAUGGCCGCGUCUUUAUUGGCGCAGAUGAGCUAUCCACCCUUGCGGACACCCUACAAAUUGCCACAAUCCGUCGCUGGCCAGCCGCUGAAGACCAGCAGCAGCAGCAGCGGCGGCGUUGGCGGUACAUCAGUAGCAACAGUUGGUGGCGCAACGGCAGCUGCGGCUGCUGCUUCAGCUGGUGGUGGAGGAGGCGGAGGCGGUGGCGGUGGCGGUGGGGGUAUCAAAGUAAACACAAUGAUGCUGGAGAAGCUGCAGAAGCUGAUCGCUUUGAAUCCGGAAUACUUGACCAGUGGCAUACCCAAUCAUGUGAUGACGCAGCUGUUUAUGCAACCGUUGCAACAGCAGCAGCUACAGCUACAGAAUGCAACUGGCGGUGGUGCAACGUCAGCUGCCGCAACCACUGUCAACUAUGUCCAGCAGGAGGAGGAUGAGGUCGAUUACGAGGAGAUGGGCGUGGCCGAGACUUAUGCAGACUAUUGGCCAGCAAAACUUAAGCUGGGCAAGAAGCAUCCGGACGCUGUGGUGGAGACGGCCUCAUUGAGUUCGGUGGAGCCCUGUGACGUUUACUACAAGAUGUCCAUACCGAUGGAGACGAUCAACAGCGGACAGUUGAGCGCCUUGCAAUUGGAGUCAAUCACGUAUGCAUCGCAGGCGCACGAUCAUCUGUUGCCCGAUGGCAGUCGGGCUGGUUUUCUCAUUGGCGAUGGCGCCGGUGUUGGCAAAGGCCGUACUAUUGCCGGCAUCAUCUAUGAGAAUUACCUAAAGGGUCGCAAGAAGGCUCUCUGGAUAUCCGUGAGCAAUGAUCUCAAAUACGAUGCGGAACGGGAUCUCAGCGAUAUUGGCGCCAAGCGCAUCAGUGUGCAUGCCCUCAACAAGUUCAAAUACGCCAAGAUCAGCUCGGAUACGAAUAACAACUGCAAACGUGGCGUCAUCUUCAGCACCUACUCGGCCCUGAUUGGGGAAUCGAACAACAAGACGGGCAAAUAUCGUUCACGCUUCCGCCAGCUGCUGCAGUGGUGCGGCGAGGACUUUGAGGGUCUCAUCAUAUUCGAUGAGUGCCACAAGGCAAAGAAUCUGUGCCCCGUCGGAUCCGGCAAGCCAACAAAGACCGGACAAACGGUGCUCGAGCUACAGCAGAAGUUGCCCAAGGCACGCGUUGUCUACGCAUCGGCAACGGGUGCCUCCGAGCCAAAGAAUAUGGCAUACAUGGUCCGUCUGGGUCUCUGGGGUCAGGGCACAGCUUUUGCCAAUUUCAGUGACUUUAUCACAGCCGUGGAGAGACGCGGUGUCGGCGCCAUGGAAAUUGUGGCAAUGGACAUGAAGUUACGUGGCAUGUAUAUUGCACGGCAGCUGAGCUUCAAGGGUGUUAGUUUUAAGAUUGAGGAGGUGCCGCUGUCAAAGGACUUUCGCCGGAUCUAUGAUCAGUCUGUCGAACUGUGGGUGGAGGCGAUGCAAAAGUUUACCGAGGCCGCCGAGCUAAUCGAUGCGGAGAGUCGCAUGAAGAAGACAAUGUGGGGACAGUUCUGGUCAUCGCAUCAGCGCUUCUUCAAAUAUCUGUGCAUUGCGGCCAAGGUCAACCAUGCCGUACUCGUCGCCCGUGAAUCCAUCAAAUAUGGCAAGUGUGUCGUCAUCGGUCUGCAGUCCACCGGCGAAGCACGCACACUCGAUCAGCUGGAGCGCGAUGAUGGCGAACUGACCGAUUUUGUGUCCACAGCCAAAGGCGUCUUUCAAUCGUUUGUGGAACGCCAUUUUCCAGCGCCGGAUCGCAAUCGCAUCAAUCGCAUCUUGGGCUUGUACGAUGAGACGACGCCCGUUGUUAAGCAGGAGUCGCUGCAACACAACAGCAACAACAACAGCAGUUGCGGCAACAAUAACAGCAGCAGCAACAACAACAACAACAGCAGCAGCGGCAACAAGAAGGGAGGUGGCGGCGUUGCCGGCAGCAGGCGCAACAAGCGAAAGGGCGGCACCGAUGGUAGCCAGAGCAGCGUUAGUAAAUUGAAAAAGAAGAAGAAACGCAGUGGCUCCUGGCAAUUUAGUGAUAGCGAUGAGGACACAACAACAACAACAACUAUGGCAAAAUCUCGUCACAAAUCCAACGGCAACAACAACAACAACAGUGAUGAGGACGAUGACGAUGAUGAUGACGAUGAUGAUGACGACGAUGAUGAUGAUAAGCAUGAUAGGGACAGUGGUCGCAAUAGUGUCGCCAGCGAUUGCAGCUCUGAUUUCAAUCCGUUCCUUGCCAGUGGCAGCGAUAGCGACAUUGAUCCCUGGGUAAAUGCGCGCACCAAAAAGUCCAGUGGCAAAAAGACACAGCAGCCAAAGAAAAGCCACUCCAAGAAGAAGAAGAAGAAUCGCGCUGCCAACAACAAAAAGGAGUCGAAAAUCAAAAAGGAAGCUGCUGCAACAACAGCAGCAGCAACACAAGCAUCCGCAAUGUCCGCAAAUAUUGUGGCUGCGAUAAAUGCAGCAAAGAGUCGGAAGCCGCAACAGCUAUCGACACAGGAUCGCAUCCAGGAUCUGUUGCAAAAGAAACAGGAGCUCAAGGGCACUGUCACGCCCAUUGGCGUCAAUGGUGUCAAACUCAAUUAUGGUCCGCCGCCCAAGGAUGCCAUUGAGCGUGCCUGCACAAUGAAAGAGGAACUCUUGCGUCGGAUCGAACGCCUCGGCGCCCGACUGCCGCCGAACACACUCGAUCAGCUGAUCGAUGAACUGGGCGGACCGGAUAAUGUGGCCGAAAUGACCGGCAGACGCGGCCGUGUCGUCCAGAGCGAUGAUGGGUCCAUCCAAUACGAGUCGCGCACCGAAUCCGAUGUGCCACUCGAAACGUUAAACAUAACGGAGAAGCAACGCUUUAUGGACGGCCAAAAGGAUGUGGCCAUCAUUUCAGAGGCGGCAUCCAGUGGCAUUUCGCUGCAGAGCGAUCGACGUGUGUUCAAUCAGCGACGACGUGUCCACAUCACGUUGGAGUUGCCAUGGUCAGCGGACCGGGCAAUACAACAAUUUGGACGCACGCAUCGCUCCAAUCAGGUGAACGCACCCGAAUACAUAUUCCUCAUCUCGGAUCUGGCCGGCGAGCGACGUUUCGCGUCGACGGUGGCCAAGCGUCUGGAAUCGUUGGGCGCCCUCACUCAUGGUGAUCGCAGGGCGACAGAGACACGUGAUCUCUCCCAGUUCAAUAUCGAUAACAAGUAUGGCCGUCAGGCGCUGGAGACCGUUAUGCGGACCAUAAUGGGCUAUGAGACGCCGCUGGUUCCGCCACCAAACGAUUAUAGCGGUGAAUUCUUUAAGGAUAUCGCCGGUGCACUUGUCGGCGUUGGCAUCAUUGUCAAUACGGAGAGUAAUCCGGGCGUGCUCAGUCUCGACAAGGACUACAAUAACAUAUCCAAGUUUCUCAAUCGGAUACUCGGCUGUCCGGUCGAUCUACAGAAUCGUCUAUUCAAAUACUUCACCGACACAAUGACGGCCAUCAUCAAUCAGGCGAAACGUGGCGGUCGCUUCGAUCUGGGCAUUGUUGAUUUGGGCGCUGCCGGUGAGAAUGUUACGCGUGUGCGUCUGGUGCGUUUCAUGCGCAAGCAUGCCACAGGUGUGGCACCCACGGAGCUGCACACGGUGCGCGUGGAACGCGGCAUGAUCUGGCAGGAGGCCAUCGAUAAGUAUGCCAAUCUGUUCAAUGAGCACGAGGGCUUCUACACAUCGCAUCAGUUGCGCAACUCGAAACGCACCUCGAUCCUGGUCGUUGUCCUCGAACAGCAGCAGUCGAUGCGCGGCGGCUCCGCUGAUGCGGACAACAAUAGCGGCACCAGCACGAAUAGCAGCAAACAAAAGAAGCGAUCCCGCAGCAAAAAGGAGAUCAUGUGCCAGAUCUACAGGCCCAACACUGGACUCCAGGUGCGUCACGAAUCGCUUGCCGAGCUGGAGAAAAAGUAUCGCAAAGUGGGACUCGCCGAUGCCGAACCGCAUUGGACCGAACAGUACGAUGCCUCGGUACACACCUGCUCCCAUGCCUACUGGAAUGGCAACUGUCGCAACGUCAGUCUAGGCAAUGAUUGCGAGGUGGGUCUGCGUCAGCGCUUGUAUCACGUGCUCGCUGGAUCUGUGCUGUCCGUUUGGGGUCGGGUUGAGCAUAUAUUGAAUACGCGCUCCAACAGCAAGAUGCAGGUGAUACGCAUGAAGACGAUCGAGGGCGAGAAAAUAGUCGGCACAAUGAUACCAAAGUCAUGCUUUGAGCCACUGAUGACCGAUCUGCGCAGCGAUUCCGAGAAGCAGGAGGAGUUCAACUUUUAAAGAUAGCAAUUUCGAUCCACCCACCAACAACGCAACAACAACAACACCAACAGCAACAACUCGUCUCUUCCAUUUACAACAUACAACAUAUGCGAGUUAAUUGUUGCUGCUGCUGCUGCUGCUUCUUUUUACUUUUACUUUACUAUUACUAUUAUUAUUAUUAUUAUUUUAGUUAUUGUUAUUUUCAUUUUCCCUUAGUGUUAAUUACCGCCUCGUACAUGAGUCAAAAUGUGUUUGCCAAAAAAAAAAAGAAAAAAGUAGCAACGGAGAAAUGCGAACCCAAAAAAAUGUCCUUUUUUUUGUAUAUGUUUGCAUCUCUCAAGGAACACCCAAAAAAAAAAAAAUCGAAAUUGAAAAAAGAUAUAGUGAAAAGAAAUGAAAACGCUUAUUAUAUGGACUUUUCUUCUUAAUGAUUUAAAUAUUAAUUAAUUUAAUUAUGUUAAGUACAAACACACACACACACACACCUAAAGUAGUAUAUAAAGUGAAACCACAAGCAAAUGUUAACUAUUUAUUGCGCCUAUGUUUUAGUUACAUACUCACAUACAUAUUAAUUAUGUACGUAAGCCUCUCUCCCAUUUAUCAUUUAAAAUCUAACUUUCUUUUUUUUUCAAUUUGUUUUUUAGUUCUUAAUUUUUUUUUUUAUGUAUAAAGCUGCAGCACAGCGCGCAGCUUUUUGCUAGUUGAAGUGAAACACAAAAGUAAAUAAAUAAAAAU